AUGCCUAGAGACGACUUGACCAUCGACUUCGUCAGGAAGAUGCCGCCUGUCGAGUCGCUCGAUCCGGCCUUGAUCCUCGACGAGUGGAUCAACAGGACGCAGAACCUGCCCGAGGAACUGCGCUUCCUUCAGGACGAGAUCGCGGACAAGGACCGUCAGUAUGACAAACUGGUGAGGGAGAUCGAGGAUCGGGAUGGCCGCAUACAGAAGUGGAUCAAGGCCCAUGGCAGCCACCAUCCAAAUCCCAAGGAGGACGAGUAUCGGGCAACCAUCCGAAAGAACUAUGCUCUGGCGGAGCAGCUGUCCAACGAGAAGCUCGCCUUGACCCAGAAGCUGCAGCAGACCCUGGACAAGCACACCCGCCAACUCGACAUGCAAAUCAAGAUGCUCUAUGAUCGCGGCGAGCCUGGCUUCACCGACGCUGACGAGCUCCCAUCUCUACUGCGCCCGACCGCUGCGAACUCCGCGAACGGACCAUCCGUGCAUAAGAACGUGGCGGCGAACUUCACGGUCUCCGCUCUCAAUGGGAUGGUCAACGGCGCACAGGUCCGGGCGGCUAACGCCCAAGUUCGGCACGCCCAGGCGCAACAACACGUCUCGGCGUCUGCGCCAGCCACCCCGGCAGCGAGCAUGAUCAUGAGCCGCCAGGCUCGGGAGAGCUCGGCCGGCCCAUCGACGAAGCGCAUGCCCCGGUCGAACAGCGGGCUAGGCAGCCUCCCCGCAACCUCUAGCGGGCUCGCGCGACACUCGUCCCUCGGACCGGGCACGCCGAAGGGUCAGACCGCCGCGGGCGUCCAGCGUGCCGGGAGCGCCGGGCCGCGCGCAACAUCCAAGGGCUCCCUGGCCGGAGGGGGUCGCAAGGCCGGAACACCAUCCAGCACAUCAGGCCGCAAGAAGGGCACGUCCGGCACCUCCAAAUCCGGUCUAUCACGCGUUAAGCGCGCCAGCAAGAACUCCCCCUCAUCCACCGCCGAAAGCGAUCUCUCCUCAGCCGAAUCAGGGUCCUCCUCAGAAAGCGAAACCCGCACCGGCGGUCGUGGCACCCCCGCCGCAUCCCUCUCCCGCUCUACAUCCAACCAAGCCACCGCCAACUCCAGCCACCGCGAAGCCAGCAGCAGCGGCCACCACCGCCGCUCGCCGUCAUCCACCACCCACCACUCCGGCGGCGGCAGCGCUUCCGUCCCCGACGGCCACCCCGGCGGCGGCGUGGGCAACGCGCACGCAGACCGCCGGCCCAACAGCCCCGCUUCGUACGCGCGCACCACCACCAUGAUCAAGGACGAGGACGGCGAGCUCAUGGAGGUGGACGACGACGAGGCCGGCGACGACAGGAAGUAUUGCUCCUGCCAGAACGUCAGCUUCGGCAACAUGGUAGCGUGCGACAACGACGAGUGCCCCUACGAGUGGUUCCACUGGGGCUGCGUCGGGCUCAAGAGCGAGCCCAACGGCACCUGGUACUGCCCCGAGUGCAGCGAAAAAUUGCGGAGGAAAGGGGGCGGCGGACAUGAGUUCAAGAAGUAUGGGCAGCCGUCUCGUGGCUCCUUCAAAUCGCUCAUGAAAUGCUCAACUACAAAACGUCUAUCGAUGCAAAGCCGAGGCGAGCAGCCAAAGCCAUGA